AAAAAUAUGUGUCCUCGGUCACUGAGGGCUGUAGAGAGUGGUGCGUGGCUGGAGAGCUCAGGGAAGCAGAGAGAAGGGGGCAGAGCAUGAGUUCCAAGUCAAAAUUCAUAGGGAUCAUCGGAGCGCCUUUCUCGAAGGGCCAGCCACGAGGAGGGGUGGAAGAAGGCCCCGCAGCAUUGAGAAAGGCUGGCCUGCUUGAGAAACUGAAAGAACAAGAGUGUGAUGUGAAAGAUUACGGGGACGUGCCCUUUGUUGAUGUCCCUAGUGAUCCUCCCUUUCAAAUUGUGAAGAAUCCAAGGUCCGUGGGAAAAGCGAAUGAGCAGCUGGCUGGCGUGGUGGCGGAAGUCAAGAAGAAUGGAAGGACUAGCCUGGUGCUGGGCGGAGACCACAGUAUGGCGGUUGGAAGCAUCUCUGGCCAUGCCAGGGUCCACCCAGAUCUCUGUGUCAUUUGGGUGGACGCUCACACCGAUAUCAACACUCCACUGACAACCACAAGUGGGAACUUGCACGGACAACCGGUGUCUUUUCUCCUGAAGGAACUAAAAGGAAAGAUCCCCGAUGUACCAGGAUUCUCCUGGGUGACUCCCUGCAUAUCUGCCAAAGAUAUUGUGUAUAUUGGCCUGAGAGACGUGGACCCUGGGGAACACUACAUUUUGAAAACUCUGGGUAUUAAAUAUUUUUCAAUGACUGAAGUGGAUAAACUGGGAAUUGGCAAGGUGAUGGAAGAAGCCCUCAGCUAUCUACUAGGAAGGUAUGAUGCUUGUGUGUGUGUAAUGUAAAUAUCAUUAAAAGGACUUA